UGGCUCCGUCAGUGCCUCGAUCAACAUUCACACUGCAAAAUCAAUCAUCCCACAGGGACCAAAACCCCGCUACCCACUCGGCUGAUCAAUAUCGACCAAUUUGAUAACCCAUUUCUUGAAGACACCAACGCUCAAACUAAAGGCCCAUACAUCGUGUUGAGCUAUGCGUGGGGUGACGGCAAACGGGUCCUCACAACAAGGUCCAACUACCAGGAUCACAAGCAAGGCCUCCCUGUUCAAACAUUGCCUCAAACGUUUGCAGACGCAAUUAAAGUAGCGCGGGGACUCAACUACAGAUAUAUAUGGAUCGACGCUUUUUGUAUCAUCCAAGACGACAAGCAGGAUCUGGCCCGAGAGCUACCAAAGAUGGGCGACAUCUAUCGCUACGCGGUGCUCACCAUAUACGGCGAGGGUGCCCAGAGCGCUCACACAGGGCUGUUCGUGAAUCGAGACCCCUAUAUGUACCGUCCAUGCAAAGUCUCGAUAUCUAUUUCGACGGAGAGCGCCUCCCUCCAAAAGGAGGUGACCCUGGCCACCACCUGCAAUGGACCCGACUAUCUGAGCCCUCGAGGCUGGAUUCUGCAAGAAAGAAUACUCUCAUCUCGCUGUUUGAUGUUUGGGAAGCAAAUGAGUUGGAUCUGUUCAAUGGGUGAAGCACAGGAAACCCGCCCAGUCCCACGGCCAAUGCCGCCUCCGUCCUCGAGAGAUAUCCGGUCUUUGUCUGAACAAUUUGACAUAUGGUAUGUCAUGGUUGAGAGCUACAGCGACAAGGAGUUGUCGUUCAUUUCCGACAACCUCAAUGCUGUUUCCGGUUUAGCAGCAUUAUUUCACCAGGCCCACAACGUAACCUAUGCUGUAGGCCUUUGGAAAGAAGACAUUGCGUUUGGGCUUGCGUGGUAUGUCCGACUGAAUGAUAAGCGUCCAGUGUCUGAAAAAGAAGAUGGGCCUUCGUGGUCAUGGGCCUCAGUUGGCAAAGUUCGGAUCAAGUUUCGCUCAUGCGCAAGGAUCUCAUCACCAGCCCCUCAAGUCUUGGUGGAGGUAAUCGACAUCACUUACGAUACCAUCAGCACGUUGAAUCCAUACGGCUCUGUUAGCAAAGGAGUUCUUCAUCUUCGCGCUCCAUUGAAGAAAGCUAUUCUACGGUAUAGUGACGCAUUCAUAGCAGAAAGAUCGGAAAUAUCCUAUGGGAGAGCGGGUCCUGGGCUUCAUCCCAUUGACGUGAGGGAGCAACCUCGCUACGCUGCCCUCCUCCUUCAUCCCGAUACGAGCAGCCCUGUCGCAGAGGUAGCACUGGACCGGCAUCCAAGUGGUCUCGCUGUAGGUUUCGGCACUACAUCCUCUUCUUCUAUUGAUGUUUGGUGUGUCUUAUUACACGUUCAACGCGAUCGGGAUGGCCUCUACGGAACUGUGAUUGUGCUCCGAGCGAGUAAGACAGACGCUAGUAUGUUUCGGCGUCUGGGACUUGGAUUUCUUGGAGAUAGAGGCCUGAGUUGGUUUGGAGUACAGCAUGAGAAGGGUACUCUAAAUAGGGGCAGAUCACUACAAUCCCUAGUGAAGGAGGAAGUUCAGGUGAUGUAG